GGACAGGGCUGGGGAAAAGGGAAAAACCGCCCUCGCCGUGCGAGGAGCGCGGCAGCCGCGUUGGAGUCUGCAGAAGACACGCCUCCAUCCCUCACGCCCCUCGGGGCUGCGGAAGUGCUCUGGAGACUGGAGCGGCUCGGAGCCGACAGGUGGACUACCAUCCCCAGAAGGCGGCGCGGGCCUGCGCCUACUGCUCCCGGCAGCCUCUGCGCGCCAGGCUUUUUUCAGUUUGCUGCCGCCUAGGGCGAAACUACAGUUCCCGGGAGGCCUCGCGCGAAGCGGCUUGGAAGUGGGCAGCCUGGAAGUCACUUGGGCCACCGGAGCUGGCGGCGUCUCCAGCGAGCCGCGCGGGGCCGGACGCAGCGCUCGUGGGGCCCGCGGGGCGGGCAGCCGGGACGCCCAGAUGCGCCAUCUUUGACGUCAGCUCUCCUGGGACCCUCGAGGAGCACUAGUGUGCAGGACGGACAAGGGAUGGCCGCGAGGAUACCGAUGCAGCCUGCUGGCCGGCACCCACAUCUACCACUGGCCCUGCCCUGCUGAGCCGCCCGUUCUGGAGCCGCAGGACAGCAGCCGCUGCCCGAGGCUGUCCCGGCGCCGUGGUCCACAGCGAUGGUGGAGAACUGGACUCCACAGGCUCACAACGUUCCCGUCAGGCUUCAGGGCCCAGCAUCCUUCCUCCUGGGACUGGUGGCCCUGAACAAUGGCUGAGGCCCAGGGGACCCCAUAAAGUCACCCGACAGCUUCCGGGGGCCAGUAGCACUCCAGUGCCCGUGGACUAUGACCACCUAUCGGCCCAUUCCCAAUGAUGCUGUGGACCUGGCAGCCAGCUGUGGGGUCAGGGGGGCCGAUGUCCUCCCGGGGCCACACACAGGGGACUACGCCCCCAUGGGAUUCUGGGUCCAGAACGGCAGCAUGGCCCAGCCUGUUGAGAGCCCCGCCAGCGCCACCACCCGGCCCAGCCCCACCACCCCCGCGAUGCCCAAGAUGGGCGUGCGCGCCCGAGUGGCCGACUGGCCACCCAAGCGGGAGGCCCUGAGAGAGCAGAACAACCCCAGCCCCUCACAGGACACAGACGGCACGAAGGCCACAAAGGUGGCCCAUCCCAUGAGGAGCAUCCAGAACGGACAGCCCCCCGCCAGCACCCCGGCUUUCUCGGGGUCCAAAGCCUUUCACCGGCUGUCCAGGAGAAGGUCCAAAGACGUGGAGUUCCAGGACGGGUGGCCGCGGUCCCCGGGCAGGGCCUUCCUCCCCCUGCGGCACCGCAGCAGCAGCGAGAUCACGCUCAGCGAGUGUGACGCGGAGGACGCGGCGGAGGCGCGGGGCGCGCGGCACGUGGGGGCGCUGCCCCUCUUCCGCGAGUACGGGAGCACAUCCUCCAUCGACGUGCAGGGAGUGCCCGAGCAGAGCUUCUUCGACAUCCUCAACGAGUUCCGCAACGAGCAGCCCGAGGCCCGGGGAGCCCCGCGCCUCCCCGAGCUUGACCGGGGCGCGCACGUCCCCGGGGGCGGCGCCAAGGGGGACCCCCGCCACGGGCAGCCCGGCAAGGACGGCCUGCUGGCGCUGCAGCCCGCGAAGGAGAAGGCGCGGAAGAAGCCCCCGCGGGGCCCGGGCGCCGGAGACGCGGGGGACUCGUGCAUCUUCCGCAAGCUGCGGAGCGGCCGCGCCGAGGCCGAGGCGGCCCGGGCGCCCGGGGAGGCGGAGGAGGCGCGGGGCGGCCCGGAGGCCGGGCGGCCGUGGGUGUGCCAGAGGAGCUUCGCGCACUUCGACGUGCAGAGCAUGCUGUUCGACCUGCACGAGGCGGCCGCCAACCGCGCGUCCACGGCGCAGCGGCGCAACACCACCACCGGCGCCUCAGCCGCCUCGGCCACCGCCGCCCCGGGUGCCACGCGCGCCCCCGGCCUCGGCGGCCCCGAGCCCGCCUUCGCCAGCACCGAGGACCUGAACUGCAAGGAGAACCUGGAGCAGGACCUGGGCGACGACACCAGCAACGAGCUGCUGCUCAGCUGCCCCCACUUCCGCAACGAGAUCGGCGGCGAGCGCGAGCGCGACGUGAGCUUCUCCCGGGGGGCGGCCGGCUCUCCGGGGGGCGGCGGCGAGGGCCGCCCGGCAGAGCCCGCGCGCAGCGCCUACCGCACCAACGCCAGCAUCUCGGUGCUCGAGGUGCCCAAGGAGCAGCAGCGGACGCAGAGCCGCCCGCGGCAGUACAGCAUCGAGCACGUGGACCUGGGCGCACGCUACUACCAGGACUUCUUCGUGGGCAAAGAGCAUGCCAAUUACUUUGGCGUGGACGAGAAGCUGGGGCCAGUGGCCGUGAGCAUCAAGCGGGAGAAGCUGGAGGACCACAAGGAGCACGGGCCUCAGUACCAGUACAGGAUCAUCUUCCGGACCCGCGAGCUCAUCACCCUGCGGGGCUCCAUCCUGGAGGACGCCACGCCCACAGCCACGAAGCACGGGACGGGGCGGGGCCUGCCCCUGAGGGACGCGCUGGAGUACGUCAUCCCUGAGCUCAACAUCCACUGCCUGCGGCUGGCUCUCAACACGCCCAAGGUGACGGAGCAGCUGCUGAAGCUCGACGAGCAAGGGCUCUGCCGGAAGCACAAGGUGGGCGUCCUGUACUGCAAGGCCGGCCAGAGCUCGGAGGAGGAGAUGUACAACAACGAGGAAGCCGGGCCCGCCUUCGAGGAGUUCCUCUCCCUGCUCGGCGAGAAGGUCUGUCUGAAGGGCUUCACCAAGUAUGCCGCCCAGCUGGACGUCAAGACCGACUCCACGGGAACCCACUCCCUCUACACGACGUACCAGGACUACGAGAUCAUGUUCCACGUCUCCACCCUGCUCCCCUACACCCCCAACAACAGGCAGCAGCUGCUGAGGAAGAGGCACAUAGGGAACGACAUCGUGACCAUCAUCUUCCAGGAGCCCGGCGCGCUGCCAUUCACCCCCAAGAACAUCCGCUCCCACUUCCAGCACGUCUUCAUCAUCGUCCGAGCCCACAACCCCUGCACGGAUAACGUCUGCUACAGUAUGGCUGUGACCCGAUCCAAAGACGCUCCUCCCUUCGGCCCCCCCAUCCCCAGUGGAACCACAUUCCGCAAGUCUGACGUCUUCAGAGACUUCUUGCUGGCCAAGGUGAUUAAUGCCGAGAACGCCGCGCACAAGUCCGACAAGUUCCACACCAUGGCCACCAGGACGCGCCAGGAGUACCUCAAGGACCUGGCUGAGAACUGUGUCUCCAACACACCCAUCGACUCCACUGGCAAGUUCAACCUCAUCUCCCUGACCUCCAAGAAGAAGGAGAAGACCAAGGCCCGGGCGGGCGCCGAGCAGCACAGUGCAGGGGCCAUCGCCUGGAGGGUGGCAGCUCAGGACUACGCCCAGGGGGUGGAGAUCGACUGCAUUCUGGGAAUUUCCAACGAGUUUGUGGUGCUCCUGGACCUUCGCACCAAGGAGGUGGUGUUCAACUGCUACUGCGGGGAUGUCAUUGGCUGGACCCCAGACUCCUCGACGCUCAAAAUCUUCUAUGGGCGAGGGGACCACAUCUUCGUCCGGGCUGCAGAGGGCUCUGUGGAGGACAUAAGGGAAAUCGUGCAGAGACUGAAGGUGAUGACCAACGGCUGGGAGACGGUGGACAUGACCCUGAGGCGGAACGGGCUCGGGCAGCUGGGCUUCCACGUGAAGUACGACGGGACGGUGGCCGAGGUGGAGGACUACGGGUUUGCCUGGCAGGCUGGCCUCCGGCAAGGCAGCCGGCUGGUGGAGAUCUGCAAGGUGGCCGUGGUCACGCUGACCCACGACCAGAUGAUCGACCUGCUGCGCACCUCGGUCACCGUCAAGGUGGUCAUCAUCCCGCCGUUCGACGACGGCACGCCCCGCAGGGGGUGGCCGGAGACCUAUGACAUGAAUACCUCGGAGCCCAAGGCAGAGCCGGAGAGUGUGACCCCCGGGGGCCGGCCCCCAUACCGCAGCAAUGCUCCCUGGCAGUGGAGCGGGCCCGCAUCCCACAACUCGCUGUCAGCCUCCAAGUGGGCUCCGCCAGCCACCCCCGGCCACGCCCAGUCCCUGAGCCGGCCCCCGAAGCAGCCCCCUGUGGUCCCCUUCCGGGAGCCCCAGCCCCUGCACAGCAAGAGGCCUGUCAGCUUCCCAGAGACCCCUUACACAGCAUCACCAGCAGGGGCCGACAAAGUCCCUCCCUACCGGCAGCCUUCUGGGAGCUUCUCCACCCCUGGCUCAGCCACCUACGCAAGAUACAAGCCAUCCCCAGAAAGGUAUGCGGCCGCCCCUCACCCACUGCUGUCUUUUGAUCCCCACUUCGGCCACGAUGGGACGUCCAGCGGCGACUCCUCCUCGGGCGGCCUGACCAGCCAGGAGAGCACCAUGGAGCGCCAGAAGCCAGAGCCUCUGUGGCACGUGCCCGCCCAGGCCCGGCUCUCAGCCAUGGCCGGAAGCAGCGGGAGCAAGCACGCCUCCAGGCAGGAUGCGGCAGGCAAAGAGUCCCCCAACAGGCAUUCCAAAGGCGAGCCUCAGUACUCCAGCCACUCCAGCAGCAACACCCUCUCCAGCAACGCGUCCAGCAGCCACAGCGACGACCGCUGGUUCGACCCCCUGGACCCUCUGGAGCCAGAGCAAGACCCCCUGUCGAAGGGCGGCUCCAGCGACAGCGGCAUCGACACCACGCUCUACACCUCCAGCCCCAGCUGCCUGUCGCUGGCCAAGACACCUCGGCCAGCCAAGCCGCACAAGCCUCCCGGGAGUGUGGGCCUGUGUGGGGGCGGGCACGAGGCCGCCGGGCGCUCCCACCACUCGGACAGGCGGCGUGAGGUGUCGCCUGCCCCAGCGGUGGCUGGCCAGAACAAGGGCUACCGGCCGAAGUUGUACUCCUCGGGCUCCAGCACCCCCACUGGCCUGGCCGGGGGCAGCCGUGACUCCCCAAGGCAACCCAGUGACGUGGGCUCCAGGGCCGGCUACCCCGCUCAGGUGUACAAAACAGCCAGCGCAGAGACUCCCCGGCCCUCGCAGCUGGCCCAGCCCAGCGCCUUCCAGCUCUCCGCCUCUGUCCCCAAGUCCUUCUUCUCCAAGCAGCCUGUGCACAAUAAGCACCCAGCAGGCUGGAAGAGGACGGACGAGCCCCCACCGCGGCCGCUGCCCUUCACUGACCCCAAGAAGCAGGUGGACACCAACACGAAAAACGUCUUCGGGCAGCCGCGGCUGCGGGCAUCUCUCCGAGACCUGCGCUCCCCGCGGAAGAACUACAAAUCCACCAUCGAGGACGACCUGAAGAAGCUCAUCAUCAUGGACAACCUGGCGCCCGAGCAGGAGCGGGAGGCAGGCCAGUCGCCACAGAAGAGCCUGCAGCGGACGCUGUCGGAUGAGAGCCUGUGCAGCGGGCGGCGGGAGCCCAGCUUCGCCAGCCCUGCCGGCCUGGAGCCCGGGCUGCCCAGCGACGUGCUCUUCACCGGCACCUGCGCCUUCCCCUCCAGCACGCUGCCCGCCCGCCGCCAGCACCAGCACCCCCACCCCCCCGGCCCCGGCGGCCCUGGCACAGGCCCUGUCCCCGGCAACGGCUUCCCCGAGAAGAAAUCCACCAUCUCGGCCUCGGAGCUCUCGCUGGCUGACGGGCGGGACCGGCCGCUGCGGCGCCUCGACCCCGGGAUGAUGCCGCUGCCCGACACGGCCGCCGGCCUCGAGUGGUCCAGCCUGGUCAAUGCAGCCAAGGCAUACGAAGUGCAAAGAGCCGUCUCGCUCUUCUCUCUCAACGACCCAGCUCUGAGCCCGGACGUCCCACCUGCUCACAGUGCUGUCCACAGCCACCUGAGCCUGGAGAGGGGGCCCGCGACCCCCAGGACCACCCCCACCAUGAGCGAGGAGCCGCCCCUGGAUCUGACAGGCAAGGUGUACCAGCUGGAGGUGAUGCUGAAGCAGCUGCACACGGACCUCCAGAAGGAGAAGCAGGACAAGGCCGUGCUGCAGUCGGAGGUGGCCAGCCUGCGGGAGAACAACCAGCGGCUGCAGGAGGAGUCGCAGGCCGCCAGCGAGCAGCUGCGCAAGUUCGCUGAGAUCUUCUGCAGGGACAAGAAGGACCUGUGAGACGGAGAGGCCGCGGCCCCUGCUCCCCUCUCCCUCAGCUCGCUCCAGGUUGCAGGCGUGACCAAGAGAAGCCAGCCAGGGCCCUGCCGCCCUCCCGGUGGACACGGAAACCCCAGACGGCAGUGGGCCCUGAGCCAGGCCUCACCGGGGCUGGGGGCCAGGGUGGACUCAUGGUCCCCAAGCCCCAGAGGGUGACAUGGUCUCAGGCCUCCCUCUGAACUGCCCGUCUCCGCUCCCUGGGGGCUGGGCUGUGCCCACAACACCCCGGGGGCCCAUCCUGCCCUCCCCAUCCAGCCUCUUCCUAGGACCAAGCCAUCGGAAGCUGGAGGAAGGGGAGGGAGGGCAGGAGCGAGGCUCAGACCUCAGCACUCCAGGAGUUCACGACCAGCUGGCUUCCCCACAUACGACAGAGUCUGGGCUGCAUGAAAGUCACAGCGUGAAAGCCACCGUCCUUCCCCGAGGCCCCGGAGAGAGGAAGCCCCAGGGGAAACAGUGCCCUUGCUCCAAAAAGCACGGACAUGACCCCUCCCACCCCAUCCUUCCGAAAGCAGACAAGAGCACUUUCUUAGAGGCUCAGUGGUUUUCUUAGGGGUCCCAGGAUGGAGAGCAGAAAUCCCAGCAUCCAGAGGCAGCGUCUCGGAGGGAGCGCCCUCUUUGCACACGUGGGACCGUUUACACGGUCUGUUUCUAUCGGCCCUUGCCCGCCAGCAGCCUCGGCGCCUGGGCCCCUCCACUUCCAGCUGCUGCCCACCAGGCCCGGGGCAGAGCCCCCCAGCCUCACCGGCCCCGACCACGCAGCGACAGCUCUGGGCUGGAGAGAGACAGCCUUCAUCUCUUCUCCGGGUCUGCUUGCCCUUCUCGGCCCUGCUCGCAGGCCCCCCCCACCUGGGGUGGCCUCCCCGUGCGCCCCCACGGGGUGCUGCUUCUCUAAAGGCAAUAAGGGGCAGCUGGCCAGCAGCCAGGCCGGUGUGGUACUACACUGUUCACCCAGGAAACAGAGUUUCUUUUUUUCCUUUAAAAACAAAACAAAAAAAUAUAUAUAUAUUUAUUUUUUCAUGUAGAGUUGCGCCAGAACAAGUCCUUAUGGCCACAAUCUGUGGAUCCCCCCAACCUCCAGCUGAGGAUCAAGGCGCGUCCCCCGAGGGCUGGGGCUGCACAGAGGACUAGGAGGGACAGACAGGGUGGGCGGGCGGGUUUCCCUUAGGGGGAGCCACCAGGCAGGAGGUUGUGCGGGCCUGGCUCACGCUGGGAGCACCAGGCGGCCAGCCCUUGUCCAGAGAUCCCACCGCCUUCUCUUUGGGGCCAGAAACCUCAGGGAAGGGGGUUCUGGGGACCACACAGGACAGAGGCACUCGGGCAGGUACCAGGCUGGAUGAGCAGGGGUGAGAGCAAAGGGCGCCCCUUUGUGCCCCCCUGCCAUCCCCCUCUGCCCGCAGCCCCGCCCCGGGGAGCCCUCAGCCCUGCCGGCUCCUCCAUCCCGGGGGGUGAGGCGGGGCCACCUCGGUCCUCAGCCCUGGCCAACUACUGUGACGUCUCUGCCCCUCUCCCUGGACCCCCUUUUCCAGAAGGUUCUCCAGGAUCACCCCACCCCCCCUCCUCGGACCCUAACCUGGAGACCACCCUCCCCCCCUUUUUUAAGUCAUCUCCUCACCUCUUCAGAUCAUUCAAAUCAUUUUGGGGACCUAAUCGUGUACAUUGACAAGUGUAAAUUAUGAUUUUGGGUUUUGUUUUCUGUUGUUUUUUUUUAAGGAUCUCUGCAAAACAAAUCUAUUUAAUUUGAGAUUGGUGUUCUAUCCGACGGCUGAAGAGAGCGGGAGCAUUUUUUUCAUGUGUUGAUUUGUUUCAUUUGGAUUUUUUAUUUUUAUUAUUUUUUUUUUCCUAUUCCUGUCUUGAGAUUUUCUGGCAUGUUUCUGGAGGUUUCAAAGGAAAUAAAUGUUUCAUAGAAACGG